GUGGCUGGACAGAGGUAAACAGGAGCCAGUGGGGUCGGCGAAAGAAUAGCGCGGCUACCCAUGUUCUGAAAUAUGGAACUGUCAAAUAUCGUAACAAACCAUGUUUUACUCUGCGGACUAGCGUUACGCCUCAUCGUUGGUCUGCUUCCAGUCACUGCAAUAGAGGUGUAUGCUCCAGACGAGGUGUUUGUUGAAAAUGGGACCACUGCGACGCUCUCAUGUACUUUUAAAUCCACCCAAGUAGUCAGCCGUGCGGCAUCAGUUGCAUGGUCCUUUGUCCCUGAGGGAUCCAGUGAAUCUCCAGUAUCUAUAUUUUAUUACACAACUGGGCAGCCCUUUUAUGGUGAAACCCCUCAGUUCAAAGAACGAGUGACAUGGGCAGGUGACCUGAACAAAAAAGACGGCUCCAUUAAAGUCUCCCAUAUGCAGUUCGCUGACAAUGGAACUUACUUUUGCGACGUGAAAAACCCACCAGACAUUACUGGCAAACCUGCUAACACAAAGAUAAGAGUCGUACUGAAAGAGUCCCUCCCUCAGACGAGUACAGGGGUGAUCGCAGGUGGGGUGAUCUGUGCUAUAAUUCUCAUUAUUCUCAUCACUGCGGUCACGUACCUAAUCAUAAGAAGACAGGGUACGCCUCAUGACUAUGAGGGCUGCACCUCCUUAGAGAGUGUCAGCACCCCGGCCACACGACCAGGGAAGAAGGCAGAGUCCAGUACGGAGGGCUCAAGGUGUAGCAGUCCCUCUGGCCCUGUUCAGGGACCGGUGAUAUAUGCUCAACUCGAUCACUCAGGCACCAAAAAUCCAAACUCUUUCCACAAGAUGGAGCCUGUGGUCUACGCUGACAUCCGCAAAAACUAGAAUGGAAGAACUGAAAACGGCGCUGCUUUUCUGUCCCUGAAUGAAUGGUUUGCUUUGAAAUAUGAUUUUAUAGAUUAAUCGUGGUACAAGUUUGUGGGUUGUUUUUUUUUCCCCUACUUUUUUUUCCACUGGUUCUCAGACUUUUCAGAAUUUUGUUUACAUAUCAGCAUUGAGUAUUUUGUCACUAAAACAAGUAAAUGCAUGACCUUAACCAGAUUGCAUAGGACAGGAUUGUUACAAGAGAGAACAGGGAACCUAGCUGCUAGGUUGGAUACCCUCACAGUUAGGUUAACGUUGUGUAUUUGGUCUGUUACCAAGAGAAACCUCCAAUGUUGUUUUUACUCUGAUAUGAUUUUAUUGUAAAUGCCUUGAGCAAGUUAAAGGCUUGAUCAGACAAUCAGUUCUUAAAACUGGUUUCUGAUUCAUUCUAUAGUUAAAGAAAAGCAUUUAAUGUUUUGUGACGAUGUUUAUUUUUCUGGAAAUGUCUUAAGUGAGUAGAUAGGUUUUCUUAUUGUUGUGUAACAUUGAGUUCAGUUGAGCAGGAAUGUCAGCUAUACGUGAGAGAACCAAAAUCGUAAAACGUUUUAUUGUACAGGUAGAUACAUUGUGUUGUGCUUGCAUGUACAUUUUUAUGGAUCACAUCUAACAAUGUCUAACAAGUUGAUCUAUAAAUACAUUACAAAAUAGUAUGUAAAUUCAUAACAGCGAUACUAACAUUGUAUGUAAAUGCAUUUUAAAUGCACAGUCUUAAAAAAUGGUCAAGAAUAUCAGUGUUUUAUUGCAAUCUUAUGAGCCAUCAAUUUUGUCAAACACUCCAGCUGACAUGAUGUCAGAUAUUCCGUUUGACAUUUUUUCAAAUAUUCCAGAUAACACUGUUGUUGUUGUUGUGAUUUGUAUAGGAAAAAAAAAAAAAACUUGAUACAGUGUAAGGCACACUCCAUUCUAUACACAGUUGAUUAGCUAAUCAGAUGUUACAUUUCAAAAAUAUUUAAACCCAGUUACUGUUGUGAAAUGUGUGGUCUUAGUUUGUAUACAAAAUAGUAUUUGUGUGAUUAUAUAGUAAUACCUGUGCUCUACACAGAUUACUCCUUUUUUUCAGAUUAAAACUGAUUCAUGAAAAAUCGUAAAACACACGUCGCCUUAACGGCAUUUUAGAGUAGUUGAGGUUAAGGGCACGUCUUAAUCUGUCUUGCUGCCAUUCUAGCAUGAUAUUCCUACGGAAUUAUCAUACCUAACACGCUAUCAGUUGAAAACAAGCAUUCUUUUUUUGGUGUUUGUAUUUUUCCUCGUAAUACUUGUCAGAAUCUGCAUUCCGUUUUUGUUGUCUUUAUUGUUAUAUAUUGGCAUGUUUUGGAGAUCAAACCGAAGAGAUUUCAUUUUUAUAUGUUUGUGUUUCUUGAUCUGCACUACAAGAUGAAUGGUGAGCUUUAUCUUUAAUUAAUGAGAAAUGAUUGCUUGAGAUUCACAUUCCUGAACACAUAUGACAUGCUGGACUGAAUGCUUACAUUGUUUUUAUUAAAAAUGUGUGCAUAGGUUAUUUUUCUAUCAGUUAUUUUUUGUGACAGCUUCUCAGUGCCUAUCAAACCAUAAAACCACACAUUCAAGAAGUAAAUUAGUUCUUGGCUUUUUUUUUUUUUUUUCCAGUUUACAGGAAGCAUUCCAUAGCAAAGAUCUUGAAAUGUGUCUCCACUCUGCAAAGGUACUGAGUGUGGUUGUGAAACAACCUGUAGGAACAAUCUCUACUUUCAUUGUCUGCCAAUUGCAAACAGGAUUUUUGCUUCUUUUUUUUUUUCUGCGAGAACUGGAAUGAUUUAAAUUUAGUGCCUUUGCAUUUUGUCUACUGAUCCAAACACUCCACUCAAUGCUUCUGAUU